AUGACGAGCAUGAUCGCCACUUUUAUCGGCAAGAGGAUUCUUGCCGAAUCCGUCCAAAAUCAGUUUGGCACAGAGGACCCCUAUUUUGAAACUGUGCCCGCAACCAGGCUUGACGGCACUCCCAACGGCAAAUUCAAGAAGCGGAGAAAGGCCCUGCCGCCAGGUAUCUCCAAGCAUGACGGCAAGGUAUUGACCAAAGUUAAGAGACGGGCUUACCGGCUUGAUAUGUCUCUCUUCAACUGCUGUGGCAUCCGGUUCGGGUGGGGAAGCGCGAUUGGACUCAUCCCUGGCAUUGGUGAUGUCUUGGAUGCGCUCCUAGCUCUCAUGGUUCUGCGUACCUGCACGAGCGUCGAGGGCGGUCUCCCUACUUCACUUAAGACCAAGAUGAUGCUCAACAUCAUCUUUGAUUUCGCCAUUGGCAUUGUUCCCUUCAUCGGCGAUAUCGUCGAUGCCGCUUUCAAGGCGAAUACUCGAAAUGCGGCUCUCCUCGAGGCCCAUCUCCGUGAAAAGGGCAAGAAGGAGCUUCGGAAGAGCGGCUUACCAAUCCCGGAAGUUGACCCCAGCCUUCCCGAAGAAUUCGACCGAGCCCAGCGGGAGCCGUCGCCCGAGUACACUGCUAGCCAGCCCCGCCCUCAGGAGAGGAUGACGACCGGCACCAGACAGAAUGGCCGCAGCCAGAGAACCCCUACCGCUCCUGCCCCUGCCAGGGUUCGCAAUGAGGACAGCCGUGGACGCGGUUUCUUUGGUGGAAGGUCUCGCCCCACCGAUGUUGAGAUGGGCGAAGUCGACCGUAACUUGACCGCUUCGUCGAGGACCAAGAAGCAACGUCGGUGA